CAUAGAGAAGCGAUCUGCUUACGAACGUGAGUACACACUUUUUGACUGAUAUCAUGUAAGCGGUGUGAGCAGAUAAUUCGCCACAGUAUCAUUUCAGCAGUAGCUCGAACGGCACGAUAUGGCAGAAAAUGACGAAAAGUAUGUGUUCUACGGUGGUCCUACGGAUGAAAGUGUUGAAUCUGGCUGCCGUUCGCUAGGAGCACUGAUCAUCAAACGAUUACGCGAAAAUGGCGACGAUGUUGCAUUUACCGAUGGCGUAACGGGACAAUCAAUCACCUAUAGUGACAUGUUGGAACAGUCGGUGCGGUUAGCGAACCGUUUCCAUCGGAUCGGUAUAAAGAAAAAUAACGUCGUAGCGAUCAUGAGUGAGAACAGAAUCGAGCUUGCUCUAGUAUCAUUCGCCGCAACCUACAUGAGCGCCAUUCCGAUUUUGCUGAAUCCUGCAUACACUCCAACAGAGCUAGAACAUGUGCUCAAAUUGUCUAAUCCCAAGGCUGUCUUUGUAUGCCCAUCCGCCAUAAAAAUAUUGCAAUCAGUUUCCAAAAAUGUUCCAUCCAUCAAAAUGAUCGUAUUGUUUGAAUCGAAGGAAAAACCGAACAAUCGUAUCACUCUAUUCAAGGAACUUUUCGAUCGGAAUAAGUUGAAAAAUGCAAAGUUUUUCACUCCCCAGCCAGCAAAUUUAAAAGAUCAGGUUGCGCUUAUGGUUCUUUCUUCUGGGACUACCGGGCUACCCAAAGCCGUCCAGUUGACGCAUUAUAAUCUAAUGGCGGUGCUAGCAUACAUUCGACAGGAUUUGAAAAACAGUCAACUGCCACCAACAGCUCGAGGACUUGCUAUUUUGCCAUUUUUCCACAUCUACGGAUACAUGAUGCUACUCAGUGCAUUUUGCAAUAAACGGGAAAUAGUAAGUCUACCAAGAUUCGAGCCAAGAUUAUUCCUAUCCACCAUCCAGAAUUAUAAAAUUUUUGGCGCUGCAUUGGUUCCCCCGUUGAUGGUAUUCCUUGCCAAACAUCCCUUAGUAGAUGAAUAUGACCUUAGUUCACUCGUUAUGGUGGGUUGUGGUGCUGCUCCUCUCAGCAAAGAAAUCGAAGAAAUGGUCCAGCAAAGGCUACCAAAUUUGCUCAUAAUCCGCACUGGUUACGGAAUGAGUGAAAGCUCGCUCGGAGUCUUAACGAGAAUGUCCGGCAAAAGUGGUAGCGUUGGCCAAGUUAAUCGUAUGUGUUGGGUAAAGGUAGUCGAUGUUGAUACAGGAAAAACGCUAGGACCGCACCAGGUCGGAGAAAUCUGUGUCAAGGGACCAAUGGUUAUGAAGGGAUAUUUGAACAAUGAGAAAGAAACAAGAUCGGUCAUCGAUGCCGAUGGGUGGCUACACACCGGAGAUACUGGAUAUUUCGAUGAGGACGAAGAUUUUUAUAUUGUCGAUCGUAUCAAGGAUUUAAUCAAGUACAAAGGUUUCCAGGUUGCUCCGGCUGAGGUAGAAGCAGUUCUGCUUAUGCACGAAAACAUCAAGGAUGCAGCAGUUAUAGGGAUACCGGAUGAGACCAGCGGAGAGCUUCCGACAGCAUUUGUUGUUCUUCAAACAGGAGUUAGCCUAAGUGAAGCGGAAGUAAAAGCAUGGGUAGCAGAACGUUUAUCCAAGCAGAAGAAUUUGCACGGAGGGGUACGAUUUGUCGCAGAGAUUCCGAAAACCGCGAGUGGCAAAAUCUUACGCCGAGAACUGCGAGCAAUGGCGAUAAAGUCAAAGCUGUGAAAAAGAGAUUACCGCGAGGUGCAAUAAAUUGCGCUAAUGAGCUAGCGUAUUUUGUUUGCGCUGUGCUUGUUAUCGUUCAAAUCAUGCUAUGAAAUUCGAUUGGGCGUUAGUUUAAUACUGAAAACACCAAGAAAAUCGCAUCUGCUUCUUUUUACAUAUAUAAGAAAAAUGUUAACAAAAUUAUUACCGUUUUCCUAUCGUAGCAUGGCUCAGUUAUCAUAUCAAAUAAAUCAUUUUAAUAUGAUUGUCA